CGAGUACCCAGGAUGAUUCUCUCCGGCAUCGCGAUGAUCGCCGCCCACUUUCUAGCAGAACCACUGCAGCUAACAAAAUCGCAAAAAUGGCUCUUGGCCAGAGCUCCAUAGUCGACCUAUGGUCAGCUGUGGAAUCGGGAGACGGCAACUAGUUGGCCCAAUGGUAACCAGCUCUUGCCAUGCCAGGCAAGGAACUGACAAGCAUUCGACCGGCUCAUGCAAUGGCGGGAGAGCAGAGAAAACACAGACGAGACAAGAGAAAAGCAAUUCUCUGCACUCAGCUUAGCGUUGACUUAUGAUCACGAUGAUCGCGGUCCAAGUAUCACAAGCAUAAAUAACUCGUCUCUGCUGUGUUCCAGUAUAAUUUUUUCGUGUCUAUUCACACUUCGCGCUCUUACCUCCAUCAAUGCCUUCCCUCAAGGUCCUCGCGCUCUUCUCAUUGACCCUGCUCAGCCAGGCGUUGGCUACUACCAUCCCGGAGACAGAUUACGAUGCCAUUGUCAUUGGCGGCGGCCCUGCUGGCCUCAGUGCGACGAGCGGUCUUUCUCGUGUCAGACGAAGGACUUUGAUGCUGGACUCAGGUGUAUACCGCAACGAUCCGACAAGGCACAUGCAUGACGUUAUUGGAAACGAUGGAACUGUCCCCGCUGUCUUUAGAUAUCUUGCCCGCCAGCAGAUCUCUAGAUACAAUGCGACGACAACAAUGAAGAACGCGACCGUAAUAUCCGUCGAGUCCAUCAACAAUGGCUCGUACUACAAAGCGACCGACUCCGAAGGCUUGGAAUAUACUGCACGUAGAAUCGUCCUAGCCACUGGAAUGAAGGAUAUUCUUCCUGAUACUCCUGGUGUGAAGGAGGGCUGGGGUAAGGGUAUUUACUGGUGCCCGUGGUGCGAUGGUUAUGAGCACCGCGAUCAGGCCUUUGGUAUUCUGGGAAAUCUCAGUGACGCCAUGGGCAGUGUCAUUGAAGUUUGGCAACUGAACGAGGACAUUAUCGCGUUCGUCAACGGCACCAACACCCCAGAACAGCAGCAGGCAUUGGCGGUAAAAUACCCAAACUGGCAGGCCCAGCUUGAGGCCUACAAUGUCUCCAUCAACAAUGAGACCAUCGUUUCGAUCGACCGCCUCCAAGACGGGAGCACAGAUAACGACCCUGCCGAGGACCGUGAAUUUGAUUUAUUCCGGGUCAAUCUUGCUGAUGGGUCCAGUAUCGAGCGCGGAGCUUUCAUCACCAAUUUCCCAGAUGCUCAGUACUCCAACAUCCCCCAGGAGCUUGACCUACAAAUGAACGGAACAAAGAUCGCGGUCAGCACCAAUAUGAAGAGUAAUGACACUGGCGUGUAUGCGAUCGGAGACAUCAACAACGAUGGUGCUACCAAUGUGCCCCAUGCUAUGUUCAGCGGUAAACGCGCUGCUGUCUAUAUUCAUGUUGAACUCGGUAGACAAGAAUCCUUGGCGGCGAUCGGAAAGCGAGAAUUAUCCGACAAAGAGCGCGAGAAGGAGGCGAGGAGACUGGUUGGCAGCGACUUGGACGAGUUGUGGAAGCGAGUUCAGGAGAUGAAAAAAUAAUUAUAUUGUUACGAUACGACACCUUGAUGGACAAAUGAAGUAUUCCUGUUACACGGUCAAAGUGAAAAUUCAAUAACAUGACGAUUAAAUUCGUCACGUGUACACGCAACAAAGAAGCGUUAUCAUCGUUGUCAUAGCGAAGGCGUAAGAGGUGAAAAAGGAUUCCAAGGAUAUGUCGACAUUACAUGUGAGCUAGGGCAUCACCAGCAUUCCCAAUAUUGCUAGAUUGGUAAGCAAGCUAUAAACCCCCAUAAGGUCUGUAGUGGAAAAAUACGUCAACUUCAAGGGUCCCCGUGUGUUGUUAGGUAUCAGGCUCCAGUUGCAAUUAGGCAACUGUCCGUAAUAAAUAUUACGGCAAACUACUAUAAAACCCAUGAUAAAUAACGAGCUAAGCGCGUUCGUCAUUCACCAUCUGACUUAGUUAAAAAAGAUUACAACAGCUUAUAAUCCACUUAAUAUGUUUUAUAAAA